UUUCGUCAUGCUGUUUUCGUUGGUUGGAGAUUGUCAGAUGAAUUGGCCAAGAUGAACGUCCUCAAGAUUGGUAAAAGAAAACUGAGCUGUCACCUGUGGAUGAGAGACUCUUUUCAUUUGGUGUAUCAACAAUCAAUAUGCUACCGUUGUUAUUCUGUUUUCUUUUUGAGAAGCAGAAGCCUGACGUCUGUGACGAGAUGUUGUCGAGGGAUGUUUAAUUAUGUGAAUUUGACCACAAGGCACCUAUCUGCGUCUCACAGUCAGUUGCAAGUUUUUGGUAAGGUUGGAGGCUUCUUCAGGAAGCUGCUCAAGCCUUCGGAUGACACUCAUUCUGGAUUACAAUUUCAGGAUGCAUCAGAAGGUGCAGAGUCAGUUCGUAAAGGAAAUGAGGCCUCCACGCACACGGUUCACCAUAUGUCCAUCAACACCUCUGCUGCUGGCCACAGCACAUUUGAAGCUUCGUCUCAUAAUGACGCAGUUCUAGAUUCACCUGACAUUUCUAUGAUUCAUACUCAUCCUCAGCCUGCACAAGCUACACCUUUGAAAUCUCAGGAUUCUUUAGUAGUGUGUACCAACAGCAGCCUUGUAGAAAAAGAGGCUUCCUCCUCUCGCCUUAGACUUGCACCAGAAGAAGAGCUGACUCGACUUGUGGAUGACACAAGAGUAAAUAAAAGGCUAACCAGAAUGCGAAAUAAACUAUUAGGUUAUAAUGAAAUUUUUUUGCAGCAAUAUGACAAGGAUGUUGAGACAAUUUUAAACACUUUGACGAAACCGUCAUCUACAGUGAAGAAACAGAGAGCUAAAUCUGCUGCAAUUUCCCCACCCUUGAGCACAUUGAGCCCCAAAAAGCUAAGCCGACAGAUUUUGAUGAAAAAAAAGAAAGACACUGAUGUGAACUCUCGCUACCCUUUUAUAGGGAAGGGCACCACUGAGCAAGUGGUCACCCCGGAAUUUGAAAGUUCAAAGGCAUUCCUCACUUCCGUUGGCGUCCCGUGUGAUGAGCUAGUGUACUAUCCGGACAUACAACACAUGAGCAAUAACGAUGUCAUUGACUGUGUUCAGAGGCUGAAGGAGGAAGGUGUCCUGGUAGUGUUCAGCCUGUUUCUCAUUCAGCGUAUGUUCGAAGAAAUAAAACAGGAGAGAGAAGUUGGGGUGUGUCCUCCUGGUGUGACCAAGUUGAAGAACCGCCUAACUCGACUGUCAGCUCUACAGACCAUGCAAAUCUACUUUGACCUGUGUGAACAGUUAGAGAAACCUGACCUGGACCCCAGAUGGCUGCUAGACCGAUGUGGAGAACUGGAUAUGUUUGAUGAUAUUGUUCAGAUUCGCAAGAAGGCAAAAAUGUUGAGGUCUCUUGGCGCUACUGGUGAAGACAUUUUGUCGAAUUUGCUGAUUUUGCAUCUUGCCAAUAGCAAAGUAAAACUGUAUCGAGAGACGUAUCACAACCGCUCGGGGCAGUUCCCUCUGGAGUUAUUCUUGGCUCCCACCAUGUCAAAGUUCAAGGAGCUGAUGGGUAUGGGCCCUGAGAGAAAGGAAGCUGCCCGUCUGUUGGGGAUCUCUAUGGUGGAGUUUCAGGCUUGCUGGGGACACAAGAAGACAGUCUACCCUCGGCAGUUGGCCUACAAAAUCCAAAUGUGCCUUAGUGCUGGUAUUCCAAGGAAAGACAUUUUGAACAAUAUCACUCAGUUAGACAGGUUCCCACUGCAGAAAUGCCAUGCAGUUUUAUCCUCCUUCAAGAGUUCUGGUCUGCCUGCUUCUGUCUAUUUGUUGCAUGAGAUGGAAAAGACUGUGAAUCACAGCAGGAAGGCCCCGGCCCAUGUGCAGGAUCCGGACACUGGUGAUGCGGAACUGGAAUCUGGAAAUGAAAUAAAACAGGAGAAAGCUGAUGACAAAAGGCUGCCCAUGUCCGAGACCCCCAAGCAGCCUCGGCCCAAACAAGCUAUUGUAAGUCUAAAAAAAAAGAGGACCCAGAUCUUCCGGUUGAUCGCCUACCACCUACAGCUGGACAAGUCUGUGCUGUCCACUAUGUUUAAGUGCAACGUCAAUGUUGAAUCGGCGAACAUCACGGAUGUUAACAAAAAUCUGGAGUUUCUCCUGUCCCAGGGGUUUUCUAAGGAACAAAUCUCGGCAUGCCCAAUGGUUCUGGCUCACCCUAGCCGACAUCUGAUCCAUGCCGUCCGAGGUCUCAGGGAGCAGAUAGUGACCACUCUGAACACGUCUGCCGCAACCCUCAGCCCUGAGUACAGAACCGACAUGUCUGCUGAGAUCCCUUUUCAUUUAAAACGUUUUUCCCUUUCCGAGGAGCUGCCUUCUUCCUAUUCAGAACUUGGGCCUAGUGACUCCUGCUCCUCAGUGUGCUUUGCUGUGGCGUCUAAUGAUGAUAAGACAGCAUUCUUACGAAAUGAAGAUCUCCAACUGUACAAGUUGCUUCUGUCAGAACCACUGCUCUACCUCAACUGUGUGCAAUACUGCUUAGAAAAAGAAAACAACUUCAGCUUAGUCUCAGAGGGGGCUCAACUUACCUCAAAUUUAUGAAGUAAAACUUUUGAAUGUUAUAAUAGCCUGUGAAAGAUAAAUUCAGUUUUAUUCCCUGGGGCAUGUUUCACUGUGUACAUUACAUGUUUAUAGUGACCAACCCGUCUGAUGUAAAAAGCAUACGUUUGAGCGGAGUUUGCCUUUGUAUGGGGUGCGUUAAUUCACUUGAGCCUAUUCCUGUUUAUUUACGGGAUGUGCUGCUAGCCAGGUGGCGGAAUCUCGCGUAGUAAUGGAAUGCACUUUAGCAAUUGAUAUCUCCAUUGUUUUUUGGUUACCAGCCACGGGAAGCGACGAGCAUACAGUCGACCCACUUGUUUUUUCAGUUAAGCAUCUGGUGAAGUGCAAUACUUUUUUAACUGUAACGAACUAAGUCUGACACGCUUGCCCGCAUUGCGGUAGAAGCUCUGUGAACGGAAACAUAGCAUCGGUCGUUUUUAGAGUAGAGAUAGUCUCUCAAAGUCAAAGACAUAAAUGAAACAUGUUUGAAGUAUUUAAAGGGUCUGAUAGGGAAUUUGAAGGCUAAAACUUCCACAAUGUCCCACUAAAUUUAUUGGAAGCUGCUAGAUCUAUGGAUAAAGCUGUAUUUCCGGCGAUGAACAGUUGGAGUUGGGUAAAAGUGAAAGUAGGAAUCGGAAUAGCUUUCUUCAUCUUCCAAGUCUAGUCCAAGUGAUAUACACAUCUAGUAGUUCUAGUUGUGGGAAAAGAAGCAGUAAAUGUGUUAGUGCGGGUGUAAAAAUACACAAGGUGAGAAAAGGACAGCAGUGUCUUCAAACAACUUUUGCAACAGGAUAGUGUGGCACCAUUUGCGAAAUGCACCAUGGGCGAUUUCAUGUUUCCACACCAAGCCCAACCAACUUAAGUUAGAAUUAAUUGCUCGUAAGUGGUUUCUGAGUGACUCAGAAAAAAGAGGCAAUAUGAACUGUUGGUGCUGCCUAUUUGAUGCUGGACAGUUAUCUUUUAUUAGAUGAUUUUAUUACAAGUUGAGCGCAAAAAAAAUUGCGUAUCCCCCCUCCCACCCUUGACAUUGCCAUUUUAAAAUAAUUAUAAAUUGAUAACUAUUCGGAAAAACUAGAAGAGCAUUUCAUUCCUACUUUCAUUACAUUUUUUAAUUUUAAUAGCUUACACAAUCAUUUUAUGGUUAACGAUUCAAUAUGGAAGCCAAUUUUGUUGUGGUUUGUACUUGUACAAUUAUAAGUUGAUUGGCUUUAUUUUAUUUUAUUUUAUUUUAUUUGUUAGUAUUUUAGCUAAAAGAUCUAGACCUCUCCAGUAAGAGCACUUCUUUGGGUAAAAGCUGGUAUGUCUUCAACGUGUCAUGAAAAAACGCAUGGCCUUUAUUUCCGAAAACACAUAGCCUGUAUUUCCAUGACAUGUCGUGAAAAUAACGGCUGCUAUUCAAUCAAUAUAGCCCUAAACUGUCAAAAAUGGUUGUUAGGUGGAAAAUAACUCAGGCUCAAGUGCAGUUAAUGUGGAGACUACUCUAGCUUUGUUAUUCUACUAAUUGCGACUAGCAGUUUGUUCUUUAUUAGCCAUGUAUGUGUUAUAAAGUUAAUUUUGUAUUGAAUUGAACUACUUGACAUUGUUGAUAGAAGCUAGUUUAUGAAGCUAAAACGGUCAUAGUGGUCCUGGACUCAGGCUGAUUUGUUGCCCAUUUUAUGUCUUCCAACAUGUGUGAUAUAUAUAUAUAUAUGUAUUAAAAGUUUGUUCAUGUAAA